AUGUCGUCUUCUCAGUUUUCUUUGGGAAGACAAGUCCUAGACAUAUGUGGUUUGAUGGAUUUAGGAUACCAAGGCCAUCCUUUUACACGGACUAACGGCAGAAAGGGGAACAACAACAUCCAAUGUCGUCUAGAUAGGGCUCUAGCAUCCCAAAAUUUCCUCAACAGAUUCUCACCAACAAAAGUCCUUCACUUGCCAAGGUUUGGGUUGGAUCGCGCGGUUUUAAGGAUUGGCUUGGAGGCAGAUUUGGGUAGCAAUGACAAAAGAAGGAAACAUUUGUUCAGAUUUGAGGAGGCUUGGAGCAGAGAUAAAAAAUGUGAGUCAACGGUGCGUGAAGUUUAG